GAAGAGAAUAGUAUAACCCGAUUAACCAACCCGCAGAUGCAGACCGCUUCAUUUUGAGGCAGACGUCUGCUCUCUCAAGUAGUAGUUUACUGUUUUUCUGUGUAAAGAUAUCAUCACUUUAUUCUCAUGUCUUCGAUGUAUCUAACUCCGCAGUAUAUCGAAAUGAACGGUGAAGUGUUCAUGUAGUAUUCGUUGUAACUGUAGACACCGUUCACGUGCCAGACGAAGAAUCUAUCUCCAUCCAUACAUCGACAUCGACUCGAAACACUUCGUAGAUUUGAUCAGCAAAAAAAGUUUUUAAACAUUCAUUUAAUAUGGAGCAGAAACGUCUGUACAAAUUAGUGCUCACUGGAGGACCUUGCGGCGGCAAAACAACUGGACAGGCACGACUAUGCACAUUCUUUGAAAACUUGGGAUGGAAGGUGUUCCGUGUUCCCGAGACAGCGACCGUGCUGCUCAGCGGCGGCGUAAAGUAUUCAGACCUGAACGCUGAAGAGGCAAAGGGAUCCGGGUCGCGUCCUUCGAUUACGAAGUCCUCACAGCGACAUUACAGGAACAGAUCGGACAAAGACGAAGCGAGAUGGCCGGAGGUCUUGGAAGUUGACUCCGGUGAGGGAUUUAAAUUUCAAGAGAAUCUUUUACGUACGAUGAUACAGAUAGAGAAUACGUUCUUCCAGCUGGGUGACAGCUGUACAAGAAAUUGUCUUAUUAUUUGUGAUCGUGGUGCCAUGGAUGCUUCUGCAUUUAUUUCAAAGGAUAAGUGGGAAUUGCUGAUGGCUUCGAACGGAUGGAAUAGUGUCGAACUUCGAGACAAUAGGUAUAAUCAAAUCAUCCACAUGGUUUCAGCGGCAAAUGGUGCCGAAGAAUUCUAUUCGACGGAAGAACAUGCAUGUCGAUCGGAAGGUGUCGAAUUAGCUCGGGAACUCGAUUACAAAGCGGCCGCCGCCUGGGUCGGACAUCCUUAUUUCGAUGUAAUAGAUAACUCGCAGGAUUUUGAAACAAAGAUCUGUCGUAUGAUCGAAUGUGUGUGCCAAAAACUGGGUAUCGAUACUGGAGAUAGAUUACGAGCGAGUAGCAGAAAAGUCAAGUUUCUUGUCAAAGAUCCUUUGCCACCAGACUCUGAGUUUCCACCGUUUCAGGACUUUGAUGUUGUCCAUAACUACCUCCAAAGUAACAAUCCGAAGAUGCAAGCUCGUCUUCGUAAACGUGGCCAAAAAGGUCACUGGUCUUAUAUUCAUACGAUUCGACGUCCAAAAAUGUGUGGCCAAGUGAUUGAAGUUAAAACACAACUGACUCAUCGAGAUUAUUUGAACAUGCUCGCUCAACGCGAUGAUUCACAUUUCACCAUUUUCAAACGUCGACGUUGUUUCCUCAUCAACAAUCAGUAUUUCCAAUUAGAUAUAUAUAGAGAACCCGCUCAUCCAAGAUGUCGAGGAUUGAUGCUGCUUGAAACGUACACAGCAUUAUCAGGAGAUGAACUUAAGAAUAUAUUACCACAGUUCCUGACAAUCGAAAAAGAAGUCACUGGAAAUCCAGAUUACAGCAUGUUCAAUCUUAGUCUACGAGAAGAAUGGAACAAUACCAAUAAAUAUUGCCAUAAUUUACACGAUUACGCCCUUGCAGGCUUGGGAGAAUCUGGAUCGACAGAAAUUAAAAAUAUUUGUUCUUCAUCGACUAAAAAAAAAAUAAGCGGAGUUGAUCAUUAUAGAGUUAAUGGUAUAGAUAAAGUUGUAAAUGGCGUACAAAAUGGCGUUCACGAUGUUACGAAUAGUAACGUGACAUUUGUCGAACGAAAUAGCAAAAUAAAAAAUAAUAGUCAAGAAUCUAAUAGUUCUACUACAAUACUGAACGAUGAUUCUAAAAAUAAAAGAGUAUAAAGAGAUAUAACAAAGACAAUUUUGAAUUGAUUGUGUUAGACAAUGAUAAAAAACAAAUUACUUAAAUAAUUUAAAAAGAAAAUUAAAUAUUUUAUUGGCACUGACUUAAUUCGAUCCGAAAUUUUGAUUCUAAAACUUAUAAAUAAUGGUAAAUUUAUAAACUAUAAUACCUCUUUUCUAAUUAAUCUUGCGUGCAUAUUUUAAAGAUAUCUGUGUGAAAUGUAUUUAAUAAUUCGACUGUAACUUAUUUUUUACCGAUCUGUUUAACAAGUGAUAUUGAUUAAUAUACUAAGCAUUUUUACAUUUAAAUCACUUCAUUUCACUUUUCAUCACUAUUUCAUUAUUUUAUCUAGAGUAUUGUAAUAUCUUUUUAUUUAAUAAAAUUAUUAUAAAUAAUUCUGAUACAAAAUACACGUAACACGGAGCAUACGAAAUAAAUAUUAAGCUAUGUAAUUAUUUAAAAACA